AUGUUUUUUGUGUUACUGAUCACCACAUUCUUCCUAAUUGUGAAGAGCUGCAACUUUGAAAUGGAUGUAUAUGGGUGUUUGACAGUUACAAAACCUGAUUUAUGUGUUGGGGAAGUAAUUAUCCCGAGCAGCUACUCAUGUGUAUCUGAAUAUGCAUUUUUGAAUCAAAACCUUCUUGAAAAAAUCACAUUUGAAACGACAAGUGCAGUUGUUUUAAAAAAGAACGCAUUUUUGAAUUGUACGUCACUUACAGACGUUCUUUUUAAAAACGAUAAAAUGCUCACCCUCUACGCAAAUUGUUUUGAAAAUUGCACUUCAUUGGUCCACAUUUCAGGGUUUUCAAAAUAUGGAGCGUAUGGCGAACGGAUCUUCAAAAAUUGUGGAUUUGUCGAAUUCGACUUACAUGGACUCGUGAUCCUUCCUCUUGGGUUUCUCGAGCAGAAUAUUCAUCUUGAGAAGUUGGUCAAUGGAAACAGUGUAGUGACUUAUGGCAUCAAGUCUCUUUAUAAUUGUGAGAACUUGAAAACACUCCCCUUGUCUUCUUCGAAUCAAUACAACUUUGGCGACUCUGCAUUUGAAGGGUGUACAAGUUUAACUGCUUUUCCAGCUGUCAAAAGUUUUGAUAUGGGUCUUCGAGUAUUUGCGUACACUGGACUCACUGAAUUUGAUGUCAUGGGAAAGAGCCAAAUACCCGCUGGUACAUUUUGUGGGUGCGUCAAUUUACAAGCAGUGACAAACACUGAAAGUGUCACAACAAUAGGCGACAAUGCGUUUGAAGGUACUCAAAUAGUGUCUCUUGAAGUCUCUUCAAAUUUGCUUGAUAUUGGAAAUGCGUCAUUUAAAGACUGUGCUAAAUUUAAAGGCUUUUCCAACGAAGUCAAAGUCUCAAACAUAGGAGAAUCCGCCUUCGAGAAUUGCAAAGUCUUAGAACAAUUUGACAUCAAUGGACUCGAGUCGAUCUACAAAAACACAUUCAAAAAUUGUGUCUCAUUAAAGAAGUUGUUAAACACCGACAACGCGAAUUUGGUCGGUGAAAGUGCCUUUGAAAAUUGCGUUCAACUGACACAAAUAAUUCUUUAUACGGAUAAUGGUCGUAAUCCAAAUAAAAUAGCAUCAAUGGAAAUCGACACGGAAACUGCUUUUUCAAAAAAAGUUGUGAAACUCAGCCAAAGGUCAUUUUUUGGAUGUGAAAAUUUGGAGACAAUUACCGCAAAUUUGUUCGUAACUUUUGCGCCAGAGGCGUUUUCGGGAUGUUCAAAAUUGCGAAGUGUGACGAUUGAAAGCAGUUUUAUAUUGCCAGUCUCUUUGUUUGAAAAUUGCACGUCAUUAGAGUCUAUUACAAACUCCGAAAAAGUUCGUGUUAUCGGCGAAAAGUGUUUUUGUGGGUGUGAGGCACUUGUGUUACACAAAUUACCAAAACUCAAAACCAUUGGGAGGUUUGCAUUUGAACGAACGACAAAGAUGAGUGACGUUUCGUUAUACAAUUCACUUCAAGUAGUUGGACAAGAACCAUUCAAAGAUAGCGGACUCAAAACCAUCUAUUUUCAUGGAAAUAAUGACGUUAUAUUUAGUGGUUUUCCAUUGCAAAAUAUUUCUAUUUAUGUUAAAGAGGGUUACGUGUCAGAGACUUUUUGUGGCGAAUUUGUGAAGAAGUUGAAGUGUUUAACGAGUGAAUAUAUUAACAUGGGGAAGUGUGAAAAAUGUGCAGAUGGGUAUAGGACAGAAGAUGGAGUCUCUGGAAUUUGUGAUAUGAAAAAUGAAUGUGAUAACAUUAGUAUGUCUUGUGAAGAGUGUGACACAACGCGAUGUAUAAAAUGUGCUGAUGGGUAUUACACUGCAGAAGGAAAGUGUGUUUUGUGUAAUUUGGAGAACUGUUCGUCAUGUUUAUCUGAUACAAAAUGUGAUGUCUGUGAUUUGGGGUAUUUCUCACAACUUGGUGUUUGUGUAAAAUGUGAGGAAAACUGUGCAAGUUGUGAAAAGGAUGAGUGUUUCUUGUGUGUAAAAGGUGCAUUCUAUUUGGUUGAUGGGAAAUGCGAAAAUUGUUCUUUGCAUUGUACAAAAUGUGGGUCAGCAACGGAGUGUGAAUCUUGUGAAGAAAAUUAUGAAACAGUGAAUGGGUAUUGCAAAUUGAUCGAUAACAAUUCACAGACUUCUGGUUCAAAGUUUGAUUCUUCAUGUAAUAGUGAAAGUAAUACUAAGAGUGAUGGCGUUGUCGAACAUAGUAGCACAAAUCAAGUUGACUCUUCGUCUGGAAGUUAUCAUUCAGUUUUAGGUUAUACAACGAUAUUUGCUUUUAUUAUAUUGAUCUUGUGUUAA